AUGAGCUUGAACGAGCAGGCUAUCCGCUCGGCUUCGGCCAACCACCCGCGACCCCACAACACGACCUUCGCGUACGGCACCGCCGGCUUCAGGGCAAAUGCCGACACCCUCGACAGCACCAUGUUCCGCGUCGGCAUCCUCGCCGCUCUCCGCUCAAAGAAGCUCGCAGGCCAGACCAUCGGGAUCAUGGUCACAGCCUCGCACAACCCAGAGCAGGACAACGGCGUCAAGCUCGUCGACCCGCACGGCGAGAUGCUUCACUCGUCGUGGGAGCAGUACGCCACCUUGCUCGCAAACGCCGUCUCGGACGACUCGCUCGUCGCCACCGUCCGCCAGGUCAUCCAGGCCACCGGCGUCGACCUCGCCGUCAAGGCCAAGGUCGUCUUUGGCCACGACACGCGACCCUCGUGCCGCUCGCUCGUGCGCGCCGUCGUCGACGGCCUCGCCGCCCUCGACACGGACCAGGUCAACGCCGGCCUCGUCACGACGCCCCAGCUCCACUACCUCGUGCGCUGCCUCAACACCGAGGGCACGCCCGAAGCGUACGGCGAGCCGACCGUCGACGGCUACUACCGCAAGCUCGCGACCGCCUACUCGACCCUCGCCACCGGCCGCCACCUCUUGCCCGCCCUCACGGUCGACUGCGCCAACGGCGUCGGCGCGCCCAAGCUCAAGGAGUUCCUUAAGGUCGUCGGCAACGACCUCCUGCCCAUCAUUGCCGUGCGCGACAGCACGACCCAGGCCGGCCACCUCAACUUUGACUGCGGCGCCGACUACGUCAAGACGCAGCAGCGCGCGCCUCGCAACGUCGAGCUCGUGCCGUGGCAGCGCUACGCCUCGUUCGACGGCGACGCCGACCGCAUCGUGUUCUACUACGCCGACGCCGACGGCGUCUUCCACCUGCUCGACGGCGACAAGAUUGCCGGCCUCGUCGCGGGCUUCAUCAUGGACCUCGUCAAGGACGCCGGCCUCGACGACUCGGUCAAGGUCGGCGUCGUCCAGACGGCCUACGCCAACGGUGCGUCGACCAAGUACCUGACCGAGGGCGUUCCUGUCACGUGCGUUCCGACGGGCGUCAAGCACCUGCACCACGCCGCCGAGUCGUACGACGUCGGCGUCUACUUUGAGGCCAACGGCCACGGCACGGUCCUGUUCUCGCCCUUGACCCUGUCGACCAUCUCGGCGCACUCGCCCUCGUCCCCCUCGGCCUCGGCCGCCCUGUCCAACCUGCGCGCGCUCGUCGACUUGAUCAACCAGACGGUCGGCGACGCCAUCUCGGACAUGCUCCUUGUCGAGACGAUCCUCCUACACCGCCAGUGGUCGCCCGCCCAGUGGGACCGCGCCUACUCGGACUACCCGAACCGGCUCGUCAAGGUCCUCGUCGCCGACCGCACCCAGUUCGUCACGAGCGACGCCGAGCGCCGGCUCGACAAGCCCGAGGGCGUCCAGGCCGCCAUCGACGACGCCGUCGCCAAGGUCGACGGCGGGAGGAGCUUUGUGCGCCCGAGCGGCACCGAGGACUGUGUGCGCGUGUACGCCGAGGCGGCGACGCGCGACACGGCCGACGAGCUCGCCAACACGGUCGCACGGAUCGUGCACGACAAGUUCGGCAAGGGCCCGCAGCCGGCGUCCUUCUUCUAGACGCCCUCCCGCUCGCGCACGCACCCCCUCGACUUUUCCCGCCUCUCGACGAGCCCUCCCUCGUCGACCAUUUAUCGCUGCAGCAGUCCCGCACGUGCAACACAGACACUUUCGUCCUC